AUGUUGGUGACCGUCCUGCUCGCGCGGACGGCACCAAGUCUGGCCAUGAACGGUGGACUUCUGCAUGUCGACUCUGUCAGUGACUACGCUGUUGCUGUCAUCUUCCUCUUAUCAGGUUUCAGUUUGAAAUUGAGUGAGAUGCGAGCCGCCGCCCUCGACUUCCGUCUGAACCUUUUGACACAGAUGCUGUCCUUGGGACUGAUACCUUUGCUUGCUUAUCCACUAGUGCAGCUUGGGCACGGCAGUAAAUGGAUUCAUGGGCAAUUGCUCGAUGGUUUGAUGAUCACCGCAUGUUUGCCCACGACUGUGAACAUGUGUGUGCUCUUGGCCAAGUCCGCGGGAGCGAACACUGCAGUUGCCCUGACCAAUGCCAUACUUGGAAACUUGUUGGGCGUUUGCGUGACGCCUGCGCUUUUGCUCCUCACACUUGGAGCCAGAGCGAGUAUCCAACUGGGGCCUGCAGUUCAGAAACUGGUCGUGAAGGUGGUUGUACCAGUAUUGCUUGGCCAGUGCCUUCGCAGCUCUCGUGCGCUGCAACGCUUUUACACCGAGAAAAGCGCAUUGUUUAAGAAGCUCUCCGAAUGCCUUUUGCUGUUGAUCGUGUGGAACGCCUUCAGCAAUGCCUUCGUGGCUGGUCUCGGGGUCAGCGGCAAAGAGCUCAUCUUUCUGGCUGUGCUCAUGCCUGUCUCGCACAUCAUCCUGCUGACGGGCUUUGUCAGGAGCUUAUCGUGGUCGCGGAUUGGUAUCGCACCCAGGGAUGCAGUUGCUGCAUCACUCGUAGCAAGCCAGAAGACUCUGGCUUUUGGAUUGCCGCUGAUCAAGACCAUCUUUGAAGGAAGUGCUGACUUGGCGUACUUCUGCGCCCCCAUCAUGCUGCUCCAUCCAAUGCAACU